GGUCUUUCACCAAACCUUCGCUACGUCACACAGCUCAGCACCCCAAAUACUACCUCCUUUCCUAAAUGUCCUAAAAUGUCAUGGUCUUGGCACGUGUCACGUUUCCAUUGGUCUCUCCCUAAAGGCUACAAUGACAUUGUCCGUGCCAUGACAUUUCCGUUGUCCCCCAUGUACCAUUUCCGCCCCCCGGCAAUUCAUCAAUUUCCAACCAGCUCCAUCUCCACCGGCGCCUAUACCUUCCGCGUCACCUACUAAUAUAUUAUAGCCCAACCAAAACUCAAACCAAUCGGGGCGAGAUCAAAGAAGCCAAACCAAACUCUCAACUUCCUUCACCUCUCUCUCUCUCUCUCUGCAGCCCAGCUCGAUUUCAUGGAGGAAGCCAAACAAGAGCAAAAGGAGUUCAUUUUCCGAUCCAAACUUCCCGACAUCUACAUCCCCAAUCACCUCCCCUUACAUUCUUAUUGCUUCGAGAACAUAUCCCAAUUCAGCUCCCGUCCGUGCGUCAUCGAUGGGGCAACCGGCAAUAUCUACAGCUUCGCCGACGUCGAGCUCACGGCGCGCAAGGUCGCCGCCGGCCUCGACAAGGUCGGCAUCAAACAAGGCGACGUCAUCAUGAUCUUACUCCAAAACUCGCCGGAAUUCGUCUUCGCUUUCCUCGGUGCGUCCUACCGCGGCGCGGUCACCACGACGGCCAACCCCUUCUACACGCCGGCGGAGAUUGCGAAGCAGGCGACUGCGUCGAGAGCUCGGCUCAUAAUCACCCUAGCUACCUACGCGGACAAAGUGAAGGACUUCGCAAAGGAGAACGACGUCAAAGUAGUGUGCGUGGACUCACCGCCGGAGUGGUGUUUGCAUUUCUCCGAACUAACCCAGGCCGACGAGAAAGACAUCCCGGACGCAAAGAUCAGCCCGGACGACGUCGUAGCGCUGCCGUACUCGUCGGGGACAACGGGUCUCCCAAAAGGGGUGAUGCUGACUCACAAGGGUCUGGUCACGAGCGUGGCACAGCAAGUGGACGGGGAGAACCCCAACUUGUAUUUCCACAGCGAGGACGUGAUCAUGUGUGUGCUGCCGUUGUUUCACAUCUACUCCCUCAACUCGGUAUUGCUCUGCGCGCUCCGAGUCGGGGCGGCGAUUCUGAUAAUGCCCAAGUUCGAGAUUAAGGCGCUGAUGGAGCUGGUGCAGAAGUACAAGGUCACGAUCGCACCGUUCGUUCCCCCGAUCGUUCUGGCGAUCGCGAAGAGCCCCGCCGUAGAUCAGUAUGACCUUUCUUCAGUUCGGACGGUGCUAUCUGGCGCGGCGCCCAUGGGGAAGGAACUUGAGGAUGCUCUCAGAGCCAAGCUACCCAAUGCCAAGCUCGGACAGGGCUAUGGAAUGACGGAGGCAGGUCCGGUGCUGUCGAUGUGCUUGGCGUUCGCCAAGGAGCCGUUCGGAAUAAAGUCAGGGUCGUGCGGGACGGUGGUUAGGAAUGCAGAAAUGAAGAUAGUGGAUCCGGAGACCGGCGCUUCGCUUCCCAAAAAUCAACCCGGGGAGAUUUGCAUUAGAGGCAGCCAGAUCAUGAAAGGUUAUCUGAACGAUCCGGAGGCCACAGAGCGAACCAUUGACAAGGAGGGAUGGCUGCACACAGGGGACAUCGGCUACAUCGAUGAUGACGAUGAGCUAUUUAUCGUUGACCGACUGAAAGAACUCAUUAAAUACAAAGGUUUUCAAGUGGCUCCCGCUGAGCUCGAAGCGAUGCUCAUUGCUCAUCCAAACAUUUCCGAUGCUGCUGUUGUCCCUAUGAAAGAUGAAGCUGCAGGAGAAGUUCCUGUUGCAUUCGUUGUAAGAGCAAAUGGUUCCAGUAUUACAGAGGACGAUGUCAAGCAGUACAUCUCAAAGCAGGUGGUAUUUUACAAGAGAAUCAAUCGAGUUUUCUUUGCUAAUGCAAUUCCUAAAGCUCCAUCAGGCAAGAUCUUACGCAAAGACCUAAGAGCAAAGCUCACAACAGGCAUUGUCUGUUAGUACCCUCUUUGCACAAUUCUACAUUACUUGGGUAUCAAUUUGAAGAUGGAUCAAAAUGUAGAAUGGCUUGAUUUAUUUCCCCAAACCACCUAAGGAAGAGCAAAAGCAGCCCCUUUUCUUCUGCAACUUUUGUUGAUAUUUGCCUCUUUGGAACACAAGUUCCAACGAAAAUAAGCAAUGAGUUUUGUAUCAAAAUUUUAAGUUUUUGGUUGGGGUUGGGGGGGGGUGAGGGGGUUGCUAGGCAUUUGUAUUAAUUUGUUUAUAUAUAUGUAUGUUGUAAUGGACAACUAAUCUUGUUGUAGAACAUGUUAGAGUUUGAUGGGAUUGAAUUCUACUCAUUCUGCAUUAUUUAUUUAUUUGUUUUGUAAUGAUGUUAAUGUUGAAGAUAAUGUCAUUGGUUUGAGUACUUUGCAGAA